AAAUUCAAUAAGGCGUCAGAGUGGAGUAGUUGUUUAUUGAUUCUUGACUUUUCUAAGCCUUGAUCCGGUAACUAUAUAAGAGCAAUUUCUACUUCCACCUCUCAAAGCCUCCAAUAUUCUCUUGCAUUCAAACAUUUCCUCCAUUAAAACGCUAAUAAUGCAAACAAUUCUUCAAAUUUAAUUCCACCUUCAUCCCAAAUCACAAAUUUCAAGAUGAGUAGAACUUCUUCAACUCACCCCUCAAUCAAAUUUGAUGAUAAUGAUGUUGAAUCAAAAGAAGAGGAAGACGAUGAUGGGUUCUUGAAGUUUCGCAAAGCUAUUCGCAACACCAUUGAUGACGACGACGAUGAUUCAAAUGCCAGAGUUCGUUGCAUCACCCUUUACUCUCAUCGUCGCCAUUCUCACAAAAAAGGACCAUCAGGGAGGCAAGAAGGCCAAGAACAGAAGAAUAAGGCAGCAACUAUAAGGAGGCAGCUGAAGGCAGGGUGGGCUUUAGAGGAUCUAAUAGAUAAACAGUUCAAGCACUAUAACCAGGGUGUGGUCCCUACCAAGAUCGAGGAUGUCUCCCAAUUGCUAGCACCCUUAUGGACCCCACCACUUGAAAUGGUUGCUGUUGGCUGGCUGGGGGAUUGGAGACCGUCAGCCAUCCUAGAUCUCCUAAGAUCUUUGGCGCGUUCCUCUUAUUUCUCUUCUUCCACUGCUGACUCGGCUGAGAUUGGCCGGAUCCUCUCACAGCUCAUUCGUGAAAUCCGCAUUGAAGAGGCUAUAAUCGAUGAAGAAAUGGUUGAGAUUCAAGCUACAUGUAUCCUCCACCUUCCAUUCAAGCAAAGUAAUCAGGCCAGAAGCUCAUCCAUAGGUCCAUGGGACUGUGUUUUGUCUCAGCUCAAGAAGAUUAAGCAAGUGAUAACCAAGUCCCAACAACUUAGGAACAAAGUAUUGGAGCUUGUUAUGAAGAAGGUACUUAACCAGGUUGAUGCAGCUGAAUUCUUAAUUGCAUUUGCUGGGAUUCAAGAUGUUAUUCAUCAGUUUGCUGCUCGGAAAAAGUUGAAAAAGGGUCCAGUUUAUAUCUCGACCAAAGCCUUAGCGACUGUUUGAGUGAGAAUUGGUUACUCGGGAAGAACUAUCAUGCCAAAGACUCAUCUUCUGUUGCGAUUUGUGAAUACCACUGACUAGUAGGUACUGGAUUAUAGGCUUAUAGCUAGAUUGUACUUAGAAUAAAUUUUCAACCUGAUAAUGGUUGCAAGUCUUGCAACAGUUUCAGAACUCUGUAAUCUGUAGUUUACUUGAGCAGAAAUUGAACAGUUUCUGCAGACUGCAGAUGAAGAUGUAAAGUAAUUGUUUUGUAGGGUAGAUAGAUUAUGAGAUGCCUUUGUCUAGAGACCUUUUGUUUACAACAUUACCUAGAAAUCUAGAAUCUUUGAAUUCUUAACAGAUUAAGGCACAGAUUUUGCAGAUAUUCUUAUGUUGAGGCAAGCUCGCUACAGCCUGUGAUCACUGUAAA